CCUCGAGGCCUCCGCCUCUUCUGCUCGGGCCGCCCGCCGCGAUGGAGGACGCGAGCGCCGAGGAGCAGCAGCGACUCACGGACCAACAGAAGCUAAAGGCCGCGGUUCACUACACUGUUGGCCGUCUUUGCAAGGAGGUUGCAGCCGACAAAGAGAUGCAGUUCAGCAAGCAGACCGUCGCAGCGAUUUCGGAAGUGACGUUUCGACAGUGCGACAACUUUGCAAAGGACCUUGAGCUGUUUGCCAGACAUGCGAAGAGAAGCACCAUUAACACGGACGACGUGAAGCUCUUAGCCAGGAGGAGCAGCUCGCUGCUGAAAUACAUCACAGAGAAAAAUGAAGAGAUUGCUCAGGUGAACCUAGAGCAGAAGGCGAAGAAGAAAAAGAAGCCCGAAAGAGGAAACCAGGAGUCGGCGGAGUUGGUGGCGGAGGCCGAAGCCGUGGAGUGUGAGGGUUAGCCGUCGACAGCCGCCGCCUUCAGCAGACCGAGCCCGGGAAGGCAUGGUUUCACAAAGUGGGAGUGGAAGUCCUGGGACCGCGUGUCCUACAGUCUUGUCAGACACUGACUUCAAAAGCAAAUUAAAAGGAGAGUGUUGUUAA